AGGUGUGUUCAUGACGUGAUCAGUCAAACAGCCAUCCAGUCAUGGCACUGUGGUGGUGCGCCAAGGUCGCCCGCAGCCUGCCUACAGCGUGGUUCUCCCUGCUCCUUUCAUCACUGCUGUGGCAAAUGAUCAUUCCUGUCCACACCGUCCCAUCCUGCCCCCAGAGCUGCAGCUGUCCAGGUGUCAGAGAGGUCCACUGUACGUUCAGACACCUCACCAGCAUACCAAAAACUCUUCCUAAGGACACAGAGCGGCUGAACCUGGGAUAUAACAGCCUGACGGAGGUGGAGGGGUCUGAAUUCAGGUCACUGUGGCAGCUAGAAAUGCUCAUGUUGCAUGGCAACGACAUUAACACGGUUCAUCCUGGAGCUUUUUACAGCCUGAGAUCACUACAGAUCUUGAAGCUGAGUUACAACAAGCUAAGGUCAAUAAAUCCUGGUUUGUUCGAGGGUCUUGUCGGUUUGAUUCGUCUCCAUCUGGACCACAACCUUAUAGACUUUAUAGAGCCAUACUCCUUUUCUGGCCUGACCUCCCUAAAACUCCUGCAGCUGGAGGGGAACCUUCUCAAAGAGCUCCACCCGCAUACCUUCAUAACAGUGUCAGUACUAGGACACUUUUGGACCUCAGGAGUCAAACACUUACACCUAUCAGACAAUCUGUUGGAGCAGUUACCUGCCAGAGCUCUGCAGACAGCUCCCAGACUUGAGCUCCUCUCGUUACAUGGUAAUCCUUGGACCUGCGACUGUCAGCUCCACUGGUUGAUGGAAUGGAGCUCCACACAUGAAGGAGUAAUAAAGUGUAAGAAGGAACGUGGAUCCAAAGACCUAUGCCCACAGUGUUCCUCACCUCAGCACCUGAAUGGGACCCUUUUUCUCGGGUUAACUUCAGACAAGCUUACAUGUGAACGACCAGCUCUUCGUUCCCCUCUCAAAAAGUGGGACAAUCCAGUGUGGGCUGAAUCAGAAGCAGAGCCUGACGCUCCAUACACUCAGGACUUUGAAAAACCUUUAGGUCAUUUGACCAUUGUUCUCUCAGAUAGCCAUGGAAACAGUGCUCAUGUGGCAUGUGAUGUUCGCCAUCCUGGAGACAGUUCACCUAUGACGUGGACGGCAAAUCCGCGUUCACCUCGGGACUUAUCUGUCAAUGUAUCACUGGUGACUGCUAUUGAAUGCGAGAUUGAUCGAGAGAAAUUGCAAAAUCUGUGGCAACUGGUUGCGUAUUACUACGAAAGCCCUGCGAUUUUGGAGAGAGGUCAUCAGAGGGGAAAUGCAAGUAGAGUAACCUAUCAGUACACACAAGCUGUGAAUGAGAACUCGCCAUAUUUCACAGAACUAAAAGGGUAUUUGGUAGCAGAACCCUCAUGGCUGCUUCAACCCAGAGUCACUUUGAGGCUUAAUAGAAAGCAGACAACGACCAAGAAACUGGUGAUGGAUUUCACUACUUUAAUUACAAAGAACAUCAACAUCCACAGGGUUGAAGAUGACAGUGACUUUGCGUCUUCCUGGGCUCUAAUUCGCAGAGGGACAGCAGGACGCGUUCAGACUGCUCUUGAAGGAUCAAAGGUUAACUUAGAGUGCAGUGUCCUUACAUCUGAUCCACAGGUGAAAAUGGAGUGGAUGCUUCCAGAUUUGUCCAUUGUGGAGGAUGUAACUGAUAAAAUACACAUCUCUGAAAAUGGGCAGCUUGUGAUUUUGAAUGCCACACUGUCUGACUCCGGUGUCUACCACUGUAUUGUCAGAACCAAAGCCGGUGUGGACUUGAUGCCCUUGAGACUAACCAUCAAAGAGCGCUCACUGAGUCCAACAGCUUUCAAUGGUGAGAAAAUUACAGUUGAGAGAGGGAACACUUUCUCUCUUCCUUGUGAGGUGACCUCGGCUCAUCCCAGUCACACUAUAUGGUAUCUACCCAGAAAUCAAGUUCUUCUCCCCACACAACAGACAAGAAGAGCAGAAGUGAUGGAGAAUGGGACGCUGGUUGUAAGAAGACUGACACUAGAAGAUGCAGGGGAAUAUAGCUGCUUGGCCUCCAAUCUGUAUGGAGCUGACAUGCUGACUCACAUAGUGGAAGUCAGGGGAGAAAAGGCUUCUGAAAGGACUAAAGUACAAACUGAGAAAGAGCAUCCUAUUUUGACAGUUGCUUUGGAAGGAGGAGAAGGCUCAGGGGGAGAUUUUCAAGAAAUUGUGCGUCCUUUUUCUACACAACUCCCUGAGAAGGUAGGAUCGAGGCAAAGGAAUCCUAACGGUUUUUUGAAAAGGAUACGAAUGAAAGAUUCAAAGAGAAAACCUAAUAAAUCCAUUAAGGAGUUGGAUCCAAAUCGUUGGGCAGAGAUACUGGCAAAAGCUAAUGCGAAACCAAGUGGUGCUCUGCCCACUGAGCAGACACUUGAGGAGCCAAGCACGGUAAUCAUCCAACCAAGUACAGCCACACCUACAACUGCAGUUGCAACUAUGGUUAAUACUGCUGCUUACAACUUACAUCAUACCACCACACCUCCUGAUACCAGGAUAGAAUUGACAGAUUUUCCUAUCAAUGCGAAACUUUAUCCUGAGGUACAUUCAAACACAGGCCAAAAGGAGGAUGAGAAAAAACACUCUGAAACAUUAGAAAGUCAGAUUCUUCAGACUGCUUCUCCCAGGACUACAGUUCCUUCUGGAAUUCAUCAGCCAGUCGAACAGUCAGAAAAUAAGCACUUAGGAGAGGGAGGAAGAAACGCUGACUUUGUUUCUGCUGGUUCAAACAGAAGAAGGCGCCCUUACAGACGUAGAAAACCCCCAGUGAGAAGAAUCCACCCACAUCUUAACCCCCUCUACCAUUCAUCAAACAAACCCCAAACAACUCUUCCCCCAACAACAACCACCACUCCAAUGACAACACCACCCAUUACAACAACUACUACUACAACUACCACUACUACAACUACCACUACUACUUCUACAACAACUGUUCCAACCACAGUGGAAAACUAUGAAACCUUAUCUGCUGAGUAUCAGACAGAGGGAGAUGAGUACUAUGAUGAAUAUAAUUACAAAACUGGUGACAGUUUGGAUGCUAAGGAAGAUUUAAAUAGUGAAACUCUUAUUACAGCUCAGGAGCUUGGCAUUAGCAUUACCCCCUUUCCAUCAGAUAAGGAAACUAAUCCCCACGUAGGUCAUUUGCCAGGUAUAAACCAUUUACCUAAUCCAAAGACAAUCGUCACUCCUAAAUUAGAUAAUCCAGCUAUACGGCCUGUUGAAGAAAAGACGAAGGAUGUUGUACACUUAAAGGAACCUGAGAUAAAUAAAGUAGAGAUGACUCAAGGAAAUGGCAUCAAGAAUAAAAACCUGCUUCCAAAAGCACCAGAGGAGCAAGAGAAAUAUCAAAUAGAGACAGAAGGGAGAAAGAAAGACACCGAAAAGUUGGUUACAGAGAGCUACAAUACACGAGAUAUCUUUAGGUCAACAACACAACCGAGAUUUUACACUCGACCUUCGCCAGAGAAAAAAACACUAACGCAUGCAAAAACUUCAUCCUCCAACAUCUUUACAUCACAUUCAGCAAGAGGUGGAACCAGAGAUGAAGACACACCAAGAGAAGACAAAUGGAUACACAAACCAACUGUAAAGCCUCAAAUGAGCAAUUUCCCCGUAAUGGAGCCCCUUCACCCCUGGCUUCAUCAAACCAACCAGGGAAGAGGACAAACUACCACCCAGAGGGUUACAUAUGGAAACCAAGACAGAAACACAGGAAGGCACACUAAUGUGAAUCCAGGCAGGCAUUUCCAGCCUCCCAGAGUCCCUCCAACCUCUAGCUGGUCUUUACACCAUCAUCGUCAUCAUCAUUAUCCCCUGUACCCUUCCUGGCCAGGACAAAGAUCUUUACCACAUCCGAGACAAGGGUCACACCCUGCAGCUCUCCCACACCCAUGGGCUCAUGGCUCAUUUGUCACCAACAGACCAGAAAUUACAGCUGAAACAGUCAAACCCACGCCCACUGUUUCAGGAGCAGGAAAUAUCAGACUGACUUACUCAAACACCCACCUAUCCCAACAUCAUCGUCAGAAUCAUCAUGUGGAUGGCAUGACCCAAACAAAAGACCUACUGUUUCUAACAAGGCUGAGGAACAGAUACAGACAGGCACAGCUUGAUCGCAUUGCUCAGCUGGGGAGAAUGGUUACACCCAAACCACGCCCUAGUUACUACAAUACUCCACCCCCCUUACUGCCUAAACCCAACCUUCCAUCCCAACAUAGACCUUACACCCCCAAACCAGCAGUGCCUACUGCCGCUUACACAAGCAACCUUCAGCCCGCAAACUCUGCUAAACCUUCAUCAUCAUCAUCAUUCUCUGGUUUCAUGCCGACUCCUCUUCCCUACCAUCACACCACCGCUGGGGCUUUGCAUGAAGCAGGACGAAUUAGCUCCCGUCGUCCUACAGCUGCACCUCCUUUCCGAUGGAUGUUUGAAGGUGGUGGUGGUGGGGCUAAACCUCGCAUUACCACAGUUACCACAGCAAGUGUGUCAGUGCUGGCAGAGAGUGAUGUCCUCCUGCCGUGCAAAGCAACCGGGAAUCCUGAACCUAACAUUGCUUGGAUGAAAGUCUCAACAGGUGCCACUGUCCCAGCUAACACCAAGCACGGUACCCGCUUUGAAGUCUUCAAAAAUGGAACUUUUGUUAUUAAAAACAUCCAGCUUCAGGAUCGAGGACAGUACCUUUGCACAGCCCAGAACAAGUUUGGAUCAGAUCGGAUGGUCAUCACUUUAGCUGUGCAAACUGAGGCACCCAGGAUUCAACCACCCAGGUCCACAGAGAUAGCAGUCUACUUAGGAAAAAAUGUGUUUCUGGACUGCCUGGCUUCUGGCAAACCACCAGCCCAGAUUUCCUGGAUCCUCCCAGACAAAACAUUUGUUCGUGAUGCCGGGACUCUUUACACUAUCCUCUCUCCAAUGUCUCUGCUUCAGAAUGGGACCCUUCACAUUCAUUCUGCUAAUUUCUCCAGCAAAGGGAACUAUAAAUGUAUUGCAAGCAAUGCAGCAGGUGCAGAUACAAUUACUUAUCAUCUGCACGUAGCAGCUCUGCCUCCAAGCAUAAGCGAAGAAGCACUGGAUAGUGUGAUCAUUCCUCCAGGCAGAGGUGUCUAUCUUCACUGCUCUGUGAAGGGCGAACCACCACCUGCUCUCAAGUGGACACUCCCAGCAGGUGUCCAAGUCAAACCAUCACAGUUUCUGGGACGCAGGCUGUUUGUCUUCCCAAAUGGGACACUGUUCAUUAAGAAUGUUCUACCAUCUGAUGGUGGGAGGUAUGAGUGUUUGGCCAGUAACACUGUGGGAAUUGCCAAAAGAACAAUCCAGCUGGAUGUGAGAGCAGAUUCCUCUUCCUUCUCUCACCAACCUCCUCCUCCUCUUCCCAUUCCUCCAACACACCGGCAUGCUACCCCAUCCCGUCAACACACCGUCUCAGCUAUGUAUGGUUCUGCUGUUUACCUCCAUUGUCCGGAGUCUACUGACUCCACGAGAGGGACCAUCUGGCAACUACCAUCCAAAACGAUCCUGGAUCAUCGAUACAGUCCAGAGAGACCAAUUAAAGUUUUCCGUAAUGGGACCCUAAGGAUUCUUCAGUUAACUGAGCUGGAUGGUGGAAGUUAUCUGUGUGUCUUCCAGCGACCCAAUGGGGAGGACAUGGAGCUUUUCCAGGUUGAGGUGUUAAUGACUCCUCCGAAAAUCGAACAUGUGAGGACGGCACAGACCAGGGUCACUUUUGGGGAAAACUUCCAGGUGGACUGUGUGGCAACUGGCCUACCCGAUCCAGAAGUUUUCUGGAGUCUUCCAGAUGGAACAAUAAUCAACAACGCCCUUCAGUCAGAUGAUAGCGGCCUUCGUAACCGCCGAUAUGUUAUGUUUGGCAAUGGAACUUUACUUCUCCAGCAGAUGGGCAAAAAAGAUGAGGGUGACUACACUUGUUAUGCCAAGAACAAACUGGGAAAAGACGAAAGAAAAGUGAGCGUCAAAGUGGGACCAAAUGCUCCGAAAAUUAGAUUCAAGUCACAGUCACUAGUGACGAUAAAACUGGGAGAAUCAGCCAAACUGAGUUGUGAGGCAACUGGUGAACCUACACCUAGAAUCACAUGGAUCUCACCACAAAAGGAUGCAAUACCAGCAUCAUCGGACAAAUUUCAGAUUAUGGAUGGUGGAAUGUUACUCGUAAAGAAAGUGACACUGUCUAGUGAAGGAAUAUAUACAUGUUUGGCACGAAAUUCAGCUGGUGAUGAUGUAAAGAAUGUAAAAGUUGAAGCUGAGCCCCAGGAACCCUUUAUCAAUGGUGUGAAAGGGAGGAGUACCACCAAGGUUUUGGGUGUAUCGUACCAAGCAGCACAUCUGCAUUGUAGAGUGGAAGGAAAACCGGAACCAAGAGUCUGGUGGGUUACUCCUUAUGGCCUCUCACUCCCAGCACCCUACCUCGGAGGUCGCUUUCAAGUCCAUCAAAAUGGGACCUUGGAGCUGAGGGGAUUAAGGAAAACAGAUGAAGGGAGGUAUAUGUGUCUAGCAAAAAACAACAUGGGUGAAGCCUCACUUUUGGUUGAAUUUGAUGUAGCAUCAUUAGCAGAGAAACCUACUUUUUCUGUUCCCAAUAUUGAGAUCUUACCAAUAAAGCCAGAUGGAGGGGAACUGACUCUUGAGUGCUCUGCCCGUGGCAAGCCAAGCCCAGAGUUUUCAUGGAUACUACCCAAUGGCACAUUGUUGAUGCCUGGUGCUAGACUCCAGCGGUUCACCCAUUAUUUAGGCAAUGGAACUCUGCGGAUCUCUCGACCAGUUCCAGCUGAUAAAGGAGUGUAUCGGUGCCUAGCAAAAAAUGUUGCAGGACAAGCAGAGAAACGCUAUGCCCUGGAAGCUGGGAAAAAGCCAGUGAUCAGAGGAUCUACAGGUGGGAUGAAGAUCACUUAUGGCCUCAAUCUGAACUUGCCUUGCACUGUGGAUGGAUGGCCGCAGGCAUCAAUUACAUGGAUCCUGCCCAAUGGUGUUGUUUUGGACAAACCUCAAACUAUUGGCCGAAUAUCUUUCUUUCCCAAUGGUACGCUCCAGCUCAGGCAGAUGGCUACCUUUGACAAAGGAACAUACAUCUGUAAAGCCUCCAACUCUUUUGGCUCGUCAGCACUAUCCUACCCAGUCACUGUGAUGGUGUUCCCUCCACGAAUCACAAGUACAAUGACUUCCAUCACCAGAGCGAACAGGGGAUCGCCCGUGAUGUUAAAGUGUGUCGCAACUGGUAUUCCAAAGCCAGACAUUUCAUGGACGUUACCUGGGCGCACCACACUGGUUCCACACAGCCGGUACACGGUACAGGGAGGAAUUCAUAUGACAGAGGAGGGCAGUCUGGUCAUACAGAACCCUGUGCUCAUGAACUCUGGUAUUUACAAAUGCAACGCAAAAAAUGCCCUCGGAACGGAUUUCAAAUCGACAUACUUACAAGUUGUUUGAAUUACUUUAACAAUCAUUUGUAUUCAGAAUAUCUCACAUCAGUGGUCAGGAUAGGAUUUUUUUCCAUUAGGUUUGAAUAUAUCGUCAGUGACUCGGCAGAUUUAAAGCUGGUUGACUAAUAGCUUCGCUUGGGAUUUCACGCACUGCAGUUUGAAAAUGAACAUUUAUUAUUUGUGAAGCGUAAAUCACAUUUUUUGUUUGUUGUCUGUUUUUGUUCAGUAUACCUACUGAUCCUACAGGUCUUUUGUCCUGUUGCGAGCUCGUCUUCUAGGCAUUACUCCCAUAGAUGUGAUUUCACGUUAUCCUUACAACAUUAUAGUUUAUUAAAUUUUAUUUCCCUAAACAAUUGUUGCCGCUUAACAGCAUGUUCUGUCAGAUAACAUACCUUCAUGCUUUACUUUCUGUACCAAUCAUCUGCAUACAGUAUUGCAGUUUUUUGUUUUUGGCAGAUUAAAGUGUUUGUAUAAAGAUUCAACAAUUCAUGGUACAAAAGAGUAGAGUUUACUGCAGACAUCUGUAAGUCCUGGCUGUGUUUGCUAAGUACCAUACAUGAUAAACUUUCAAUGUCUCUUUUCUAUGAGGAUUCAAUUACCUCUUAUUACUACAGUGUGUUUGAGCAAAUGAUUCAGUGUAUGUAUCAGUAUCAUUAAUCAUGUUCAUAAUGGUGGGAAGGAAUAGUUCAUAGCUGGUUGUGAACUAUUAACAAAAUAUGUAAGUACAUAAUUUAUAAGUUAGUAAUA